CUUCGGUGUCAACUGAAAGAAGCUGAAGAAGAAAGAAGAAAAGCAGCACAGUAUGGUUUAAAGUUGGUGGAAAGCGAAAACUUGCUGCAGAAUCGGCUAGAUGAAAUGCAAAAUGAAAUGGUUACCAUAACAGAGAAUUUUGAACAAGAAAAAUAUACUCUCCAGAGAGAAGUAGAACUGAAGAAUCGAAUGUUGGGAAGUUUAAAUCUUGAAUGUGAGGCUCUUAAGCAGCAGCAAAAUGUACAGCUGGAUGCAAUGCGUAAGCAAUUGGAAACAUUACACAGGCAAGAAAUAAAGGAGCUUAAAAAUAAGGUUGAAAAAUUAAAAUCAGAGUUAGAUGAAGUGUUACUUAGUGAGAAACAACUGAAGCAUAAAGUGGAUCAUCUGAAAGAUGUGAUUGCUUCAAAAUCAGAAGAACUACACAUAAUGUCAGAACGUGUACAAGAAACUAUGUCUUCAGAAGUGCUCAAUCUUCAGCUCGAACUUCUCUCCCUUGAUGGAGAAAAGACAGAUCUUGAGGACAAGUUACAUGAUCUGCAAUUCAGUAAAGAACAGCUGGAACUUGGAAAUAAAAAUUUGAUGAAUCGAGUGGCUCAGCUUGAAAAAGAGAAAGAAGAGAGAGAAAAAGAUCUUGUUUCAUUUUGCAAUUCAUUAGAGGAAGCACGUGAAAUGAACCGAGAUCUUCAAGUUCAGCUUGACCAUGCGCUACAGCAGGCCUUGGAUUUUCCCAGUCAAGGCAAUUCUCUAUUUGCUGAGGUAGAGGACCGCAGAGUAGAAAUGGAGCGUCAACUAAUUAGCAUUAAAGUAAAAUAUCAGUUAUUACAAAAACAGCAUAAUUUCACCAGAGAACAGCUACAAAGAGUCAAGCUGCAGAUGGCUACACUUCUAAGAAUAAAAGGUUCACAAGGAGAGCAUGACCAGUUGGAACGUUUACAAAGCAUGCUUCAACAAAAGAAUGGUGAAAUAGAAGAACUGCUCAUGAAACUGAAACAAUUAGAAAAAUCAAUGAAGGUAUCUGAGAACUCAAGAGAGCUGAAACCGUUUAAAGCCUCAGAAGAUGCUGAAUUUGAAAAUGGCUAUUAUGUUGAUUUGCUUCAAAUGAAACUUGAAAAUUCAGAUAAGGAGAAAGAAAAUUUGAAGAAUGAAUUGUCUUUACAGCGGAUGAAAGCUUUAUUUGAAAGUCAGCGAGUCUUAGAGAUGGAGCGAAAGCUUUUUGUAACUGAAAAGCAACUUGACACUUGUCAAAGUGAGAACAUAAAUUUGCGUGUGCUGCUAGAGGAACUGAAAAUCAAAUAUGAACCAGAAGAAUUAAUUGGAGAACUGAUCAGCCUCCAGAAGGAUGCAAGAAAUGGGUCUUCAGACAGCUUCAAUAUCAGUAAUUCUUUGUGUGAAUCUUCUUGUUUGCCAUUUCAAAACAAGGAAGAAACAAAAGAAGCUAAGGCUGAUCUCAAAACUACACUUCAAAUUAAGUCAAUGAAUGUUGUUCCUCUUCCACCAAUAGAACAAAGAGGAAAGAAGACUGUGAAAAUUGAGGAGAAAGACUUUGACAGAACAGCUAUGAAUAAGAAAAUUGGGAAUGAUGCAGGAUUGCUUCAGACCACCAGGUUAACCUCUGACCCUGGUUUAAAGAUUGAAGAAAAUCAUCUUGGUGCAGUUGAAGAUAUAUCCAAGUACAAGAAGAAAACCAAAAAGAAUGUUUAUCCCAUAACAUAUGUAUCUUCCAAGCAAAACCUUGAAAAUCAAUGCACUCAACAAUGAAUGUUUUUGUCACUUUUGUGAGUCCUUUCAAAUGUAUCUGAAGUAGCCUGCCCCCCAAUCUGCAAGGUUCCAGAUGUAUGGACUGUGACUCUCAUUACCUCUGGUCAGUAUAACCAGUAGUUGUAUUGAUUGGGAAUGAUAAAAGUUUUAGUUCAAUUCAUCUAGAGGGUUCCAGAUUGGGGAAAGCUGUUGCAGAAUAAGUGAUGAUAAAUUAUUUUGUUCAGUGCUUUUUAAUAAUAUCAGUUGAAGAUAACACCUGAACAUUGAAGUUGGUACUUCAGUUGUAAGUUUCAUGUAGUAUAUUUUUAAAAACUGCAGAUCUGUAAGAAAAAUAUUAGUAUGCAGCUUACCAGCAGUUUAUUCAUACUAGUAUAUAAUCCACUCUUUAUAUGAAUUCCAAGUGAACAUGUAAGACUAGAUAUAAAUAAAUGGAUGUAAUAUAUGUUAAUGAGAAUGUAACAUAGCACUAUUUUGCUCUACU